AGCUGUGAAUUUUUCGAACCUAGUCGAACCUAUACUCGGGCUAACCAAGGCGAGUACCCUUAUAAAUUAUUCCAUUUAAUUUAUUAACCGCAGCAGGCCACUGAAAAUCGAAUUACUAGACAGGCUGUUACCUCGUUUGGGAAACUUCACACCGCAUCUGACAGGAGACAGGGAAGAUGCUGCAACUAACGUCCUUUGGGCAAACCCAGUCCUUGCGGCAGACUCCCAUUGGUCCAGAGGCACAUCCUCACAGUCGGUAGCCGUUAUCCUGCCACUGUAAUCCUCCAGGACGAGAAGGAGUAGGGGGAAAUGUACAUACUACUCCGAGUACGCUUUCUUCUGACGUUACUUCAGUUUGGCGCUCGCUUUGCUGGCGAUUAUACGCGUUGAUCUCUGUUUCUAUUACAUAAAAUCGGAGAUGCAUCUGAGAUAAGUUGGAGAUUCGUUGGAUUUUUUGUGUUUUGUGUGUGUAGUGACAUAACUGUUUCGAGUUACCAUGGAAGGUGUUUUGAGGAUCUUGGUACUCGCUGUUUUUUUGGUUGUCUUCGUCGAGAGCAGGAAUAAAUCGCCUUUGCUUGACGACGACCAUGCUAUCUCCAGGAAUAAGGCAGCAGAAUGUGUUUUUGGAAAACAAAUUAGGGAGCUGGGCUCACAGUGGAUACCGGAUUUGGGCGUCCCUAUUGGUGUACUUUAUUGUAUGAAAUGCGAAUGUCUCCCGAUCCAGAAGAAAAGGAGGAUCGUCGCGAAGGUACAGUGUCGGAAUAUUAAGAGCGAAUGUCCAGAACCGUCUUGUGAUGAGCCGGUGUUGCUGCCAGGAAGAUGUUGCAAAAGUUGUCCAGGAGAUGAUCACA